AUGUCGGGAGCAGCGGCCUCUGCGGGAGCUUCGAAGUUUCAGGCAUUCAUGAACCACCCAGCAGGCCCGAAGACUGUGUUCUUCUGGGCGCCGCUCAUGAAGUGGUGUUUGGUUGCGGCGGGCUUGAAGGAUUUGUCGCGCCCGGCGGAGAAGCUUAGCGCCUCUCAGAAUUUGGCUCUCACCGCAACGGGUUUCAUCUGGGUGCGGUACUCCCUUGUCAUCACGCCUAUCAAUUACAGCUUGGCUGCCGUCAACUUCUUCGUCGGGUCGACUGGAUUGGGCCAGCUGGCCCGCAUCUGGUAG